CAAUACACACAAAAUCUCUACAAACACAAACCACUUUGAAUAUAGUCAAGUCAACCCUUUUAUUUCUAACAACUUACACUAUUAACUCACUUUCUCUUGGAAUUUCAGAUUGGGAAGUAACAUCUCAUCAAUAAGUAGUUUUUAUCCCUAGAUAGAGUGUGCUAUUUGAGCACUGAAUUUGUCAUUUUCAUUGUUUUAUAGCAACAAAAAUGCAUGGGAAAGACCCCGUUGCCAGGGAGUUUGCAUACGGGGCAGGCAUGCUUAAUUUAAAGAAAGCUUUGCGACCUGGUCUAAUUUAUGAAGAAACUGUGGCAAACUAUUCGGGAUGGUUUCAAGGCAAGUUGAAUCACUUGCUGCUAAAUUUGCCAUAUUUUUCUGCGAGAUUCCCGCGUGCAAAGAAUGUGUGGGAGUGUGAGUUUAAGAGAAAAGUGAAGAGUGUGGAGGUUGGAAGAUGCGAAUUCAAGCCAAAAGUCAUGGUCCAUUUCACUUCUCUAAGCAUAGAUUUGGAGUCCAUUCAAAUUAGGACUAGUAAAGACAGUUUGAUAUUUGAGAAAUACGGGGAUGAAAAAGAGUUUUCGCUACGUGUUUCAUUGCCGAGCACAAAGCAACUCCCUGGAAUUUUUGGGUUGAUAUCAGCUUCUUUAGUAUGGACGAAAGAAGAUGAUGACAGAGUUACUGUUGAAUCUCCAAUCAUUUUGUCCUCAGAGAAUGUUCCAGCUCCACACAUCAUGCACGGUGUAUACCAUGCUCAUGGUAUGUAUGUAUAAACACUGACAUUGUGGAGAAGUGAAGAAGUUGAGUUAGUCAAGUUAGAUAUUGAUCUGUCUCAUUUAGCCAUGCAUGUGCAGCUGGGUUAUUAUGCAAUAUUAUACCAGUUGACUUCAUUGAAACUUAAUGGUGUUUAUCUUAGCUUCUAUAGUGAAGCAUACUGGUUACUCAUGUCCAACCUGCUUCUCCUAAUAUAUAUUUACCCCUGCAUUAAAUUCUUCUUCUAUGU